CAGAAACUUUAGGAGUUUUAGAUCUUGAAAGUUUCUUAGUUAUUUGUUUAGAACAAUCAAAAAUGACUGUGAUGGAAUCUCCUUUUGCACUAAUGCCAAUGCGAUGCCAUUUAAGAUCAUUUGUGCUUGCGUCAAAGCUUAUAAGAUUAUCUUCAACUAAUUCACCAUUCAUAUCUUGAUAAACAAUUGCAAUUUCAGAGCCAACAAACAAAACGAGUGACUCUUCGCUUUCUGAAGUGUAAAUUGAAAAAACUGGCGCUCUAGCAAAAGUCUGUUGUGCUUUAAGAACUGUCAUUAUUGAGAAAUCAGCUGGAAAUCCAUCAUUGAAAACCUGAAACAAAUGUAGCUACUGUUAUCAUAGCUCCUCUGUUAAUUGUAUAAGCUGGUGCUUUGUGGGUUUGAAAAGCAUUUCGAUAUCCAUCACACAUUCCCGUCGAUGUAUUAACUCCAUAGGGAAGGUCAGGGAUUCCCAUAUCAAGUAGCAUGUCAUAAAUUCCA